AUGGUUUUCACCUUUUUACAACAGUUGGAACGAGUCCAAAAGAGAAUUGCAGACCGCAAGAUGAAGAUCCAAGUGAGCGAGGCAGCUGUUCAGCUUCUUGGAAAUCUCGGCUACGAUCCAAACUACGGUGCUAGGCCAGUCAAGCGAGUGAUUCAGCAAUAUGUAGAAAAUGAGCUUGCCAAGGGCAUCUUGAGAGGAGAGUUCAAAGAAGAAGACACCAUUUUGGUCGACACAGAGAUCACGGCGUUUGCCAAUGGCCAGCUACCCCAGCAAAAGCUAUUCUUCAAGAAGCUUGAAACUGGUUCAGAAUCUCCUGCAGCAGAGAACUCCGUUGACAGGGUAAAUCUGGAGAUCCAGCAGGGUGAACGAGAGUAUGAUCUUAACCAUGCUGCUAAGCUGAAGUAUGGGAGUCUGAAUUCCUUACAGUGCCAACUCCUCAGUGCUGAAAAGGAGCUCGAUGAGUAUAUCAGGUCUGGGAAAUCAAUGCUGAGAGAGGAAGUUACUGGAAAUGACAUUUCUGAAAUUGUCAGCAAGUGGACUGGUAUUCCUGUUUCCAAGCUUCUACAGUCAGAAAGGGAAAAGCUCUUGCAUUUGGAGGAAGAGCUGCAUAAACGUGUUGUAGGACAGGAUCCUGCAGUGAAAUCAGUAGCUGAAGCUAUUCAGCGGUCUCGAGCAGGUCUCUUAGAUCCUCAUCGCCCGAUCGCUAGUUUCAUGUUCAUGGGCCCCACCGGUGUAGGGAAGACAGAACUAGCCAAGACCCUUGCUUCCUACAUGUUCAACACUGAAGAAGCUCUUGCUAGAAUUGAUAUGAGUGAGUACAUGGAAAAGCAUGCUGUCUCAAGACUGAUAGGUGCUCCACCUGUAUCAUAG